AUCUUUCAAUCUUCAACAACGUCAUUCUUUUUCAGCAAGUCGACCUUUCAACCUUGUCCAAACUUCACACAACUUGACUUGUUAACAAAUCUCUACCUCUUUGGUCAUUUGUUCAUUUCAUACAGCACUGGUUAACUUGGUAAGGAUAUCAAUCAAGUUGUUAUUACCCACUUCUUGAACAUUGCAACACUGCACACUGAGUUGCCACCGCUGUCGCCUAUACAGCCAAGACAAGCCACGCGAAUCUUCCCUUUCAAUAUUGCGACAUCGCGACUCUAUAACCUAUUACUCUUCUUCACCUCUACUCUAUUCUACUCCAUCAUACAUCGCUCCAUUUCGCCGUACAUCGCCACACAUCUUUCCUUUUUUUCCCCGACAUUAAAAGAGUUCUCCUCGCAAUCAAGCACACAAGUCAAAGAUGGCUGUUGAGUUAGCCAUGAAUACGCCAUUGGCGGAUGAGCUCAACAAGGCCAUCCAACCCAAGCUGGUUGAAGUUGGCUGGGCCUCAGGAGGCGCUGAUGACUCGGCACUAUCCGAGUACAUCAUACUAAUGCUGGUCAAUGGUAAGACCCAAGAUCAAAUCGCUGCCGAACUUGCUGGCGAUCUCCUCAGCCUCGGCCCCGAAGAUCCUGGUGCCCGAGAUUUUGCGAAAUGGUUGUUCGAACAGAUAGAGGUUUUGAGUUCCCAAGGAAAUGGAGGACCAGCUCAAUUGGAAAACACUGGUUCUGGUGAUGCCCAAAAUGCCCUAUCUUCCGCAGACCAGGACACGGACAUGGCUAUGGUAACGGACACUGCUGAGCUCAACGCUCCCACAGGUCCCCGAUCCAUGAGAAACGGAAACGCUCGACCUGGUCGAGAGAAGCGCAUGCUUGGCCACAUGACUAAGGCUAUGGAUCGCAGCCAUGAUAGUGUCUUGCAUCGCGUCCGAUCGAACGGCAACGAGCGUAUCAACACACAUCGCGCACCUCCUACCGGGCCGCGAGGUGGUUUUGCGCGUGGCAACAAUAACAACACCAGCAACACCAAUAACCGUAUGGCGAAUAACCGCCCUUCUGGAUUCGCCACACACAUUAACCAGAUGGCUGGAAAUAUGCCUAGUAUGCCUACUCCCAAUAGCGCCAAUGGCAUGAACGACAUGAGCUGGAUGAUGCCAGGCGGCGCUCCCGAACAACUGUUCCAACUCAUUCAGCAGCAAAACCAGAUGAUGGCUCAGAUGCAACAUCAACUCGCUCAGCAGAACCAGGGAGCGGGCGGUCGCGGCAAUGGAAGAUCUCUCUUUGACCGUGUACAAAACCCGCGAGGUGGUCGACGAGGAGGCCACACCAAUGGCCACAGGAUGUCUCAGGCUGAUCCAGCCAAUGGAGCCGAGAUUUCUACGGACAACGAUGACAUUGACAUGGGCCAAGGUAAACGAGAAUUGCCUAAUCCCGACGGUACCAUUUGCAGAUUCAACCUGGCUUGUAGCAACAAGGAAUGCAAAUUUGCACACCAGUCCCCAGCAGCGCCACCAAACACUACGAUUGAUAUCACUGAUGUGUGCGCAUAUGGCGCGGCUUGCAAGAACCGCAAAUGUGUUGGUCGCCAUCCUUCGCCGGCAGCCAAGAGAGCACACCAGAUCGAACUCGAGUGCAAAUUCUUUCCCAACUGCACCAACCCGAGCUGCCCGUUCCGACAUCCGGAUAUGCCUCCUUGCCGUAACGGAGGUGACUGCGCGGUGGAGGGCUGCAAAUACACUCACCUCCAGACGAUGUGCAGAUUCAAGCCUUGCACCAAUCGGUUCUGCCCGUACAAGCACGAAGAGGGACAGCGAGGAACCUUCCAAGACAAGGUAUGGACGGCUGACGGAUCAAAGGACCAUGUGAGUGAGAGGAAGUUUGUGGAUCCCAGUGCGCCGGAGGAGCUUUUGGUGCCGGGUGGAGCGUUUGAGGCGGCACAAGAGACGGCAGCAAUGGACGAAAGCAUCGCAUAAAGUUUCAUGGGCUAGGUGAGGGUGAAGGGCAUCCAUGGUUGAAAUACAGAGGAAUCACGUAAGCGAUGAAUACGGUCGAAGUCGUUAAGGGGGGCGGAUAGGGUAGGGUAGGGGGGAUUUGCGAGUUUCCCAUUCCCAGUAUUAGAUUCGUUAUUGACCAAGGCGUUUAAGUUGGUGACAGGCAAGGAAAACAAAAAAGAAGUCUAGGGAUCUUGUGACAUGAGCUUAUUAUAAUAACGAAUAUACCCAAUGCAUUUUGUGACUGGUUACAAAACGAAGUCUUUUUUUUUUUUUUUUCUCGGAAGUUGACGUUUAAUGGCUGUG